AAGCGUCCUCUGAGGUUCCGCCUCACACCGCGGUGCUGUCAGAGCCUCCAGCGGCUCGACCCUGUUCCUCUCCCGUCUUCUCCUGCGACCAUUGCCCGCUGCCUGUCCACCAUGGCGGAGCUCAGAGCGCGGGAGGAGGCGAGGUCAGGAACUCCAGAUAAAAAGCUGAACACAUCUGGACCCAUCCCCAUGUUUGUUUCACCAAGCAAAGAUGAGCACCAGCAGCUGGCAGUGCCGUUCUGUGGCAGUAUAAAGGGUGGGAUGCGGCCAGGGAAAAAGAUCACCAUCACGGGCAUUGUAGAACCAGAACCGGACAGUUUCGACAUCAGUCUGACGUGUGGCUGUGAUGACGUGGCUCUGGAGCUCAGCGCGAAGUUCGAGGAUAAGCAGCUGAUGAGGAACGCUCACGUCGGGGGGUCCUGGGGGGAGGAGGAGACCGCCAUCCCCUUCUUUCCAUUCAUCCCAGACCAGCCAUUCAGGAUUGAGAUCCACUGUGAGCACCAGAGUUUUCGUGUAAUUGUGGACGGUCAGCCGAUCUUCGACUUCUAUCACCGUGUGAAAUCACUGCUGACCAUCGACACCAUCCAGAUCAACGGCAGCCUGACCAUCACCAAGCUCAACUGAUCAUCACCCAGUUCAGCUGAUCAUCACCCAGUUCAGCUGAUCAUCACCAAGCUCAACUGAUCAUCACCCAGUUCAGCUGAUCAUCACCCAGUUCAGCUGAUCAUCACCCAGUUCAGCUGAUCAUCACCAAGCUCAACUGACCAUCACCCAGUUCAACUGACCAUCACCCAGUUCAGCUGAUCAUCACCCAGUUCAGCUGAUCAUCACCCAGUUCAGCUGAUCAUCACCAAGCUCAACUGACCAUCACCCAGUUCAACUGACCAUCACCCAGUUCAACUGACCAUCACCCAGUUCAGCUGACCAUCACCCAGCUCAACUGACCAUCACCCAGUUCAACUGACCAUCACCCAGUUCAGCUGACCAUCACCCAGUUCAGCUGACCAUCACCCAGUUCAACUGACCAUCACCCAGUUCAGCUGACCAUCACCCAGCUCAACUGACCAUCACCCAGCUCAACUGACCAUCACCCAGUUCAGCUGACCAUCACCCAGUUCAGCUGACCAUCACCCAGUUCAGCUGACCAUCACCCAGUUCAGCUGAGGAGAAACAGCUGAUCAGCAUUUCACACACCAGCCUGAACAACAACACAGCAGUACAACACACACACACACACACACAUACACACACACACACACAGAGCCACUGUCUAUAGCUGUGCAGCGUCAGCCUCCAGCAUGCUCCUACUAACAGAACCAGAACAGCUUUAGAACAGGCAGAGCUCCAGUUCUAAACGUGUGGAGCACCAAACACCAUCAGCGGAAUGUAUUUAAUUACAUUGUAUUAAAAUACUUUACUUACAAAUAUAAUUAGCUGACUUUCCCAAAUAACCCCAAAUAAUUUCCCCUGGAUGACGUAACUAAGAGCACAUAGUAAAAUGAAUCAGUUUUUCGUCGCUGUCCAAUGAAAAACAGGUAUCUCAAUUUUUGUCGAUUUUUAGUUUAAUACAUAAUUUGGACAAACAAACUUUCUUUUACACCCCUUGUAAAAAAAAAAGGGAAGAAAACUUAAUAGUAUUAAAAGUAUGUUCAAAUUAGGUAAAUAAUACUAAAAGUGCAUUUUCAAUUUAUUAUACUUAAUGAAAAAAAACAUUAAAUAUACAUUCUAUGUUUUAAAUUAAACAUUGUGUUGAAAGAAAAUAUAUAUAUAUUGUGGCAUUAAAUACGGCUUAAAGUGCACUUUAGUGUAUUUUUUUCCAGUAGCAUUAAUGUGUAUGUGCAUUAAUACAUAAACUAUUACAUUUACAGUAUACUUCAAGUGUAUUAAUAAUUUAAAUAGUUAAAAAAAACACAACAUUACUUAAAUCUACUUAGGUUCAGAGAAGAAAAAAAACACUCAAAAGCUCAACAUACCGUAUUUUUCGGACUAUAAGGCGCACCGUAUUAUAAGACGCACUAUCAAAGAACGCCUAUUUUCUGCUAUUUUUCCAUACAUAGGGCGCAUCGCAUUAUAAGGCGCGUUAAGUGACACUAGAAAGGGUGCCUAUAUCAAAGUGAACAGGGGUGGCGCCAUGUUUCCCUUCCCCCACCGGGGGUGGUCGCUUGCCGGUGGAGCGUCUCAGUAUACAAAUCUAGCUCUUUCAAAGUCAAACGAGUGCUGGAUAUUAAUCUACACAGAUUCCUCUCCUGAAAACUGUUUAUUUGGGUGAGUAACGUGCUUCAGUUUAUUUACAGUAAGCUUAGAUUUCCAGAUGUCCACUAAGGCUUGCUGCACCAGCGUUAGCAUAGCUAUCCGCUAGCACGCUAGCUAGUCACCUAAACUAGUAAAGUUAACCCAAACUUAAACGACAGCGUUACACUGAGUAAUCCUGCGUGUUCUGGUAAGACAGUGAGAUAUUAGCUAGCGAUUCGUCCCCCGUAGCUUGUUUUAACACGGUAAACAAGCAGAUUACAGGCUGAUAAAACUCACCUCUGAGAGAGUUAGCGCUUAGCAUCUAGCUAAUGCUAGCCAGGCAAAGCAGCACAGACUUACAGGCCGAUAACUCACCUCUGAACGGUGAACGCUUAGCGAUUAGCAUCUAACUCUAAUAAUACUGCUCCAGCAGUAUUAAAAGUGCUAAAUUUAGAAAAUACUGAUCUCUGAACAGUGAAAAAGCUAGCUAGCUAAGCGGUUAGCAUCUAGCUAAUGCUAUUGCUGCUCAGCCUCAGAGCUGCACGGCUCUGGACUCUGUAUAGCACUGAAACUCUCUAUAACGCUGCACGGAGUGUGUGUUUACUGCUCCUUACAACCUGACGAGUAAAAUUUAGAUAAUACUGAUCUCAGUGAAUAAGCUAGCUAGCUUAGCGGUUAGCAUCUAGCUAAUGCUAUUGCUGCUCCAGCCUCGGAGCUGCACGGCUCUGGACUCUGUAUAGCACUGAAACUCUCUAUAACGCUGCACGGAGUGUGUGUUUACUGCUCCUUACAACCUGACGAGUAAAAUCCAUACAAAAGGCGCACUGUAUUAUAAGACGCACUGUCAAUUUUUGUGAAAAUUAAAAGUUUUUAAGUGCGCCUUAUAGUCCGAAAAAUACGGUAAUACAUUUAAUGUUACAUUUAAAUAUAGCUUUAUUAUAAUUGAAAUAUACUUAAGUUGCCAUAAGUUGUUCCAAAAUAGUACAUUUAACAUGUAUUUAAGUACGUUUUUUUAAUAAUAAUAAAAAAAAAGGAUGUACUAUUUCAUGUUAAGUAUACUUUUGAAAAAUAUACUUAAAUACACUUUUCUUCUACAAGGGACUGUUUUAAAAUUUCUUGAUAAAUUGACCAAUAGAACAGCCUUAAAUAUAUAUUUUUUUACAUUGACUUACAUUAAAAAAGUCAAGAAAGGUUUUUCCUUCUCCUGUAAAGCUGCUGUUUUGGAGAAGCUGCAUGUUUUUCAUUGGAGAGCGACGAUUUGUGAUUUGCUAUUUCCAUUCCAUUAGAGUUAAGGGUAAAAGCAUUUUCUAUGAUUUUAUAUUGUAUUUCUUAUAACUGGCCCACCCGCAUUCCACACGCGGAUCAUUAACCAGCACAGAUCAUCACUGAUGUGCAUACGGAUUAUUGUAAUACAGAGAAUGAGAUAAUAGAGAUAAAUAAUAGAGAAGACAUGCGUUCAGAUCGAGCCUUCAGACAUUCCACUCAUGCCUGUUUAUAUUUCUGAUAGCACUUUCAGCUAAAGUGUUAAAGGAGUGCUCUAGUGCUCCAUGUGUUUUUUAUUUAACAGAGUAAAUUCCCUGUACUUGGGAAAAGAACAGGAAAAAAAUGACUAAAUGACUAAAACAGCAUUAAUAACAGAAGCUUCAUGGUCACAUGCUAAUGUUUAGUUAUUUCUAAUUAAAUUUUCUGACCGUUUUAGGUUAAAUGUUUCAUUUUUUUUAAUGUAGUGCAGUGUACAAGAAAUAGCAGUUUAAAUUUUUUUUUAUUCGAUAUGAAGAAAUAUGAAGGUUUUCAUCCAAUUUUUCAAUUAUCGAGUUUUUCAUUUCAGCCUUUUGCAAACAGAAUUUUAAGAAAAAUGAAAAGUUAAAUGUUCUCUCGAUUUUCAGAUUUGUCCAUUUUUGUAUCUUGUAACACAACAUACAAAAAAUAUAAAAAUUGGAAAAUCAGAAAAUAAAAUACAUUUUUUCAUUUUUCCUGAAAUUACGAUUUUGAGGAUUGGAAAAAUUGAUAAAAACUUAUUUUUGUGCACUGCACUAAACAAAUAUUGAGUUUUUACAUCCAAUUUUCUAUUUUUGCAUUUAACCUCAAAUGGUUAGAAAAUUAAAUUAAUAAACGUUACACUGACCCUUCAUCUCCAUUGUCUUCUGUUAUUAGUGAGUUUGAGCCUUUUGUCUUUCUCAUUUUCUAGAUGCACAAAGUUUUAACCAUUCCAGAAAUCCCCUUACUGAUGGGACGCCUCUAUUUCCCUCUAUUUCCCUCUAUUUCCCUGUAUUUCCUCAAGCCUAAAUUAAUAAUAGUGCAGUUUACAUCUAAUACACUAUUCCUACUGUAUAGAGUUCAGUGCUCAGGAAUACUCCACAAACAAGUGUAUUUAUUUCUCUUAAUAUAUACUGUUAAAGUCUUACUACAGGGCAAGCCUUUUCAGCCUAACUCAAUUUUUUUUUAUUAGUAAAAACUUUAAAAUAAUUACAGAUUUCUGUAAUGCAGCUUUUACUAGUAGAAUUCUUGUUUCAUAUAAACUAUAACUGUUUUUACUGUUAAUAAUAUCUGAUAAGCUCUGAGUGGUCCAGCGCUGGCCAAGGUGCUGCCACUAUGAUCCGAGGAUCGCCGGUUUAAAUCCCUGAUCACGCUGCUUCUGCAUCAGCAGCCAGAGUCCGAGAGAGUUCAGUUAGUUGGUUACAACUCAACCACCUAGCGUCAACUUAGGCUCAAACGGCUUGCCCUACUUUUACUGUACAUAAAAAAGAAAGCUAUGUGUGGGAAUAAAUGAGACUAAUAUAUGGUGAUAUUAUUUUGUGGCAUUCCAGAUACUGUAUACUAAAUGCCAUAUGUUAUACAGUAUGUGAGGAAAAUGGUGAUUAUUGCAGUGUACUGAUUGUUUUUUUUUUCACAGUGCUACAGUGAUACUGAAUGUUCAGAGAUUUUAAAGAGCAUUUUUGAUUUGUACUGUACUUAGCUAUAAAAAUAUAAAUAGGCCUUUAAAUUAUGAAAUGAAUGUGAACAGCAUUUUGUACUGUAAGGAUACAUAAAUAAACACGUAAUACUGAAGUAUAAUAAAGAUAAUGUUGUUUUAAUUAACUACAGCAAUACAUUAGACCGGCAGAUGAUGGAAAAAUGCAGUGGAAUUGUUUUGAAAUGUUUGCAUUUUGAGUUUUGUUUACUGGCCUCUCAGUAUUGAAUGUUUCAUUGUCUUACAAUCAGUAAAUAAUUAAAGAUGUCUAA